AAUUUCUUUUUCUCUUAGUUUAACAAAUGGCGCGAAAUUAGAGAAUGGCGUUGUAUGUAAACAAAAAGAUUUGCUUUUGAGUCAUGUCUCAAAAAGAGGACACAGGGGAAUCUCAGCGUGUUCCUGAAAUGCCAUUGGACACAAAUGGGUCUAUUGAAGACUAUGUUGAUGUUGAAUUGGAGAAACUGGCUGUUUGUUUGGCAUUGCCUGGUCAGAUAAAAAAGAAAGCCAACUCUGCCUUAGAAAUGUUGCUCAAUCAUGAUGAACACAAAAUGAUCUCAAAGUCUAGUGCAAUAGUUUGUGCAAUAUAUAUUGCGGCCAUUGAUAUAAGAAUGCCGUACGGGCCCUCUGAUCCCCAACUAGAGAUUGGGUACUUGGACAAACCAGAAAUUACAGUUUCAGAUAUCAUACAGAAAUCCCAAAACAGUGUGCCAGUAUUAUUUAAAUGGAUGAACCAUUUUCGUGACGCUCGUCUAAGCGAGGCGGUCAGAUUUCAUCUGAAACAACUGGAGAAAGAUUACUGUGUCGUCUCUGCACUGUAUCAUACACAUGAAAGGCUGUGUUGUUCCAUCUUUAAAGAAGAGCAAAGAGGGGAGACAGAUGGCAUUCCAUUACAGACCUUAAGCUGUGUGAAUGACAAGAAGCAGCUGUGUUGGGUGCUAUUUCUUCUCGCCAAGGAGAGAUUGCUGACCGACUGUCAGAUUGUGGAGGCCUUUUACAUCUUGGUGUGCUGCUAUGAAUUUGUGCUACGCACCACACCUGGUUUCCAGUUGAAUACUCCUUAUGAUGAUGUUCAGGUUUCAGAGGACUCGGAGAAACACUCAGGACUGAUGUUAAAGACUCUUUGUGAACAGUUUGAUCUCUCCUAUGAAGAGGUUAGUCUUGUGCAGAAGAACAGAGUGGAACCAUGCUUUCAAAAACUAUUUAAUGGAGACAAAAGCUUAGAGCUAACAGCCCUGACAGAGCAGUAUGAGAAGGACUACAGACAGAAAGGAGACCUGAAUGAGUUACUGUUCCUGAGGAAUGACCCCCACCUCCAACCCCUUGAACAGAAUGGCAAUCUGUCAUCACCAAGAAAUGACGAGCCCGAUGGACCACCCAUCACACCUGUCAGAGCAGCUCUGAACACUAUACAGAACUUGAAAAAGAUACUUUUCAGCACUCGGGAUGAACCCAGUCCAGACCUCUUAGUUCAUUUUAAGAACUGCUCUCAGAACCCAGUGUCGUCAAUCAAAGAGCGACUCAGUGGUUUAGAGACAGUCUUCACCAACACAUUCGCUGAGCAGACAGACAGAAACCAGACAGCCAUUGCUAAGCAGAGAUUUGUUCUAGCCAAGCGUCUGUAUUACAGAGUAAUGGAGUCCAUGCUAAAUCAUGAGAGAGAGCGACUGUCACAGACAGAUUUCAGCAAGCUGCUGAACAUUGACACCUUCCACGUCUCGCUGCUGGCCUGUUCCCUGGAAAUCGUGAUGAUGACUUACGGAGCUUCUUGGAAUGCUUCAUUUGGGACUGUGUGUGCUGGAGAUUCAAAAUUCUCUUUCCCUUGGAUAAUACAGACAUUUGGUCUCCAUUGCUAUGACUUCUUUAAAGUGCUGGAGAGUUUUAUCAAAGCAGAACCAAUUUUGACCAAAGAGAUUGUGAAGCACUUACAAAAUUUGGAGAAAAGGAUUUUAGAAGAGCUGGCAUGGACCCCAGAAUCCCCUGUGUUUGGAGCUCUGAGUAAAUCUGAGGCUCAGGCUGUCCAGUUGGAUCCCCCACCCCUCCCACCGGUCCAAGCCACUCUGUCCUCAGCUGACAUGUAUUUGUCUCCGAUGAGAGUUGUGGUCAAGAGUAAAUCAUCUUCCUCCUUGAGUGGACAAUCGCCUCAAAAAACAGCCUCCACUUUCUCAGGACAUGAACUGCCCAGUCCUGACAAAUCCAUGGGAAAAAAGUCCCAGUCUCUGGCCAUCUUCCUCAAUAAAGUUUGUCGGUUGGGAUACCAUCGGCUGGAGCAGCUGUUCUCUCUCCUGUUUUUACCCAAGGAUAUUCAACAAAGGAUCUGGACUUGUUUGGAGUACUGUGUAACGAAAAGAACUGGUUUGCUAAAAAACCGCCAUCUAGAUCAGAUAAUGCUAUGCUCUGUGUAUGGAAUAUGUAAGGUGAUGGAGAGAGAAAUUAAGUUCAAAGACAUCAUCAGGACAUACAGUGAACUUCCCCAAGCAAGUCCUAAUGUUUAUCGGCGGGCUCUGAUAGAAGGAUGUGAGUACGACUCAAUCAUCGUCUUCUACAACAGAGUCUUCAUGCACAACAUGAAGAACUUCAUACUUCAGUUUGCUCCAACCAGACAGGUAAAAACCAUAAUCCACAUACAUAUAUCCCCUGCUCCAAGGAAUAUUACCUCCCCUGUCUACAGCAUAGCAUCACGACGCAACUUUUACGUGUCGCCGCUGAAGGACUCCCCAUUUAAACCACCGCUGUCCCCCAGCCAGAUGACCCCCAGGUCCCUGCAGCUAUACAGUUUUGGGGACAUUAGCGGGUCCAAUGAGAAGCUUCAAAGAAUAAAUGAGUCCAUGUUGCGAGCUAAAAAUGGCCUCACAAAAACCACCCCCAAGAGCCAGAAACGAUUGCACUUUGACCCCCCACCAGAAAGUUCUCCAGCAGCUACUCAAUCAUCAGAGAUUCCUACCGUGGUAAAGAAGGUCAAGAUGUCGGAAAAUUCCAGAAACCCCCCUUCAGGGACAGAAGAGAAUGGUGGGGAUGACUCCCAAGAAACUUCCCGGUGACUUCCGAUGAAUAUUAGCUUGUGAAUUUGGUAGCUACUUCUUAGUGUCUUAUCAUUGUUAAGGUAUUAUUACAUCAGUAAGAGAUUAAAUAUGUGUAGAUACAUCAUCUAUAUAUGAACAUGUAUAUCAAAGUUCAUUUUUUUAGGAAUGUGAGAUUUUUGUUGUCUGAACCAAAGUAUUUUUUAGUACAUGUAAAACAUCAAUUUAUUUUCAUGAAAAUGAUGACAUUGAUGUUGUAAAAAUAAAUUUGUUUAAUUUCCUUAAACAUUUUUAAUAUCAUGUGGUAGAAACCAAAGAAUAAUCCAUUAAAAUGUAAGAAAGUUUUUAAAAAGAAAUGAAUUCAUUUUCUUAGUUUUAAUUCUGUGUGAUGUGAAUAUUAAUAUGAAUAUCCAUUGGCUGUCCAAUUGUAUUACUAGUAAUGAACAUACAUGUACUACUUAAACAUAGUAACAUGAAAUCAAGAUAAAUUUUGUCUAAAAUAGAUGAUUUUUCUGCACAGAUUGUUGAUGUGAUGAAGAUUGUAAUAGUAGCUUUGAAGAUAUAGACGGUUUGGGUUGUGUUAUGUAAUCGUGAACCACUACAAUGUGAACAUUAUUUUAUUUCUUGAUCAUGUUACCUUUAGUGAGAUUGUCAGUUUUAAUUAGGUCUUUAUUUUAAAUUAUUGAGUGUUAUAUAUUAAUUUGUAGCAUUGUUUUUUUUCUCCGUUUUAUCAUGAUCACCAAUGACUUUCAAUUACAACUUGAAAUGAAUUUGUUAAGUUUUGAGUCAAUAAAAAAUAUUUUUUGUU